UCGUUUGGGCUUGCGUCUAAAAAAUCCGAUCCUUCAGCUUCAGCAGCCAUGGCUGCCGCCUUCGCUUCCAUGCUGCGUGCACGAUUCCCCGCGCUACGCGCCACCGCUGUCGCUGCUGCCGCCACAGCUGUCGUAGCAGGUGCAGCCGCUGCUGCAGCAUCAUCCUCGUUAGAAGCUGGCCCCGCAACAGCGUCAGCAGCGCCGCUAACGGAAGCUGGAGAAGAACGCGGAGAGCAGAAGGCGAGCAGCAACGGAGAUGGCUUACGGGGUGGCAGCGACAGCGCCGACGGCGGCAGGGAUCCCCGCGCAGAGCUGUCAUGCGGCACUGUACACGUUCCUCUGCCGCUUGAGAAGCUCAUGUGCCACGUGGCAGGCCUUGAUGGGCCGAGAGUAGACGGUGGCGACUCGGUUUUCGAAGGACGGCCUCUAAGCGAUCACCCUCAGGUGGUGCUGCUGCUCCCUGGAAGCUUCAACCCGCCCACGAUAAUGCACCUGAGGAUGCUAGAGAUGGGUCGGGAUGCGCUCAAGGACCGGGGGUGGGACGUGAUUGGUGCUUACAUGUCGCCAGUCAACGACCAGUACGGGAAGGAGGGCCUUGCCCCAGCCAAGGAGCGAGUGAGGAUGUGCCAGCUGGCGUCUUCUGAUUCGCCAUACAUCAUGGUGGACCCUUGGGAGUCAUCCCAGCCAUGCUAUCAGCGCACGCUCUGUGUGCUGCGACGACUCAAACAAACACUCAACCCGUUUGGUGCCCAAGCAUCAACAUCUGCCGCCCUGGCACCAUCAUCUGCCAGCCAAUUACCACCAUCUGCCGCCCAAACACCAUCUUCUGCCGCCCAAACACCUUCCGCUGCCAUCCAUCCACCAUCUUCCGCACUCCCCCAACCAUCGUUGAAUGGCCAUGCACACACAUCCUCACCUCCACACUCUCACAUAUCCCCUCAUCCACCUUCACACCAAACACACACACCCCCCCACACUCACUCCUGGGCGCUUGAAGGAGCCACGUUCGAGUCCCCUGGGCUGCUGGCCACGGCUGGCGGUGGCAGGGGAGGGGAGGGGGGACCUGGGGAAGGAGGGGAGGGCGGCGGAGGGGAGGGAAGAAGAGAGGAGUGUGGAGCAGAGGCGAUGGGUGGGGGGAAGGAUGGUGGGGGGCGGAUUGGGGGAGGGGAGGUCGGGAGCGGGGUGUUAGAGGCAAUGAGGGCAGAGGGCGAGAUGCCUUUGAGUGGACUGGUGGCGAGUGGAGUGGGGGGGGAGAGGAGGGAGAGAGGUGGAGAUGUGGAGGAAGGAGGAGGAGCAGGGGGGGCAGGAGGAGCAGGGGGAGCAGGGGGAGCAGGAGAGCAGCGGAGUGGGGUUGCAAGAGUGCGGGUGAUGCUGGUGUGUGGGGCGGACUUGCUGCAGUCGUUCACGCAGCCGGGCGUGUGGGUGCCUGCGCAUUUGGAGGAGAUUUUCGGCGCGCAUGGCAUUGUGUGCAUCGCCCGUCGGGGGACUGAUGCGCGCAGCACUGUGUUUCAGUCCGACCUGCUGUACCGCCACAGACACAACAUCCUUGUAGUGGAUCAGCCUAUAGAGAACAACGUCAGCUCCUCUCACAUCCGCCGGCUCUUAGAGCGCGGCAUGUCAGCCAAGUACCUGGUGCCAGAUGCGGUGCUGGCGCACAUACAAGCCACGGGGCUGUAUCACAGGAAGCAGUAGGGGGUUGAGUCCUCUUAAAGCCAAGUACCUGGUGCCACAUGCAUUGCUGGCGCACAUACAAGCCAAGGGGCUGUAUCACAAAGAGCAGUAGGGGGCAGCAAGCAGUAGGGGUUUAGUCCUCUUAAAGCCAAGUACCUGGUGCCAGGUGCAGUGCUGGGGCGUAUGCAAGCGACAGGGCUGUAUGGCAGCAGCGAACAGCAUGCGGAUGCGCACUUGUGGUGGGACUGCAGCACAAAGGCAUGUCAACCAAGUACCUGGUGCACCAGACUAGAGAAGAUGGCGUGUUGGAGCAAAGUUGUAAGGGCAGGGCAACAAGUCUGUGUCAACUUAUACAUAUGUUUAUAUGUAGAAAUUAUAGGCUGGUUAGGCUUGUGUUCUUAGAGAGUACAUCUCCAACCCUAUAUCUUCCCUGUACUCUCUUGUUUCUAUUUUAUUCUAGUAUUCUA